GCCUAUAUUCUGUAACAGAAUGAAGAUAACCACAGAGAUGAUGGUGUGUCUAAGAAACUUCAAAAGAUGUCGACCUCCUGAUUGAAGCAGAGCUGAUUGAUUUGUCAUUUUUUUUCAUUAUAAUUCUGUAUAUGUACAAGAG